AUGUUACCAAAGAAAUCAAGCAACACUACAAGAAGAAACAGAAAGAGCUUGGUUAUUCACCAGUACACACCGCCACCUACAAGACCAAAAGAUCAAGAAAGUGAAAAAUCUGUCUCUACAGCCAGUUCAUCUGGUUCUAUAGGUAUCUGGACAUACUACAAAGAACUGUCUCUUUACUUAGAAGGGGACAACAAAAACGCCAUGUUUACUAUCGCUCUUGUUAUAUAUGGCUAUUAUUUGGGUCCUAAAAGCACUCGAUAUACCACUCCUAAGAAGAGAGAUACCUAUGAGUGCCUUCAUCUGACAGCUCUUUUUGAUAAUACAUACAAGGAAGAGUUCCAGUUUACUCUUUCUGAGGUUGCUAUUUUAUUAAGCCACUGA